AUGGAUAGAGAAUGUGCUGUGAUGCUAUCCUCGGUCACUGUGUCAAAAGAGAACAUGAACGAGGAUAAUGACGAUUUGACAAGAAAUUGGACUCAGUUAUCGCAUAAAACUAAGGAAUCCAAUUUAGUAGUGGAUUUGAUCAAUGUGCUAUCAGGGUUAGAGUCGAGCUUCUUUACAUGGACGAGGAAUAGAGAAACUGGCAAAUACAACAUAUUCACAAACCCGUUAAUACAAAAUGACUUUGAAGCCGACGUUUUUGAAAUGUGUUCUGCAAUACUGGACGUUCGACUGCACCAGAGAGUGCUCUUGGACUUUAUUGAUCAGGGCGAGAAUAGUUUCAUCUGCCAGUCGAUAUCAGAGGUGUUUCUGAGCGUUCUCGAGGAUCUGCAGGACAGCUUAACGAAGUUCCACGACAAACACCUGGACUCGUUCCUGGGAAUAGAAAAAUUGUUCGUAUACCUGAAGCCGGCAACGCAGACGCUAUCACUGCUUUCUGCAGUAUCCACGGACUUCGACGCAGAAAAGCUUCUGAAAGAUAAGAGUAACCUGGGAGUACUGAUUUUAAACAGUCUGGAGCAGAGAUGUAAAGGCGGUGUCGAAGCCGAGAAGGAGCUGUGCCAGUACCUUUACAACGUGAGCAUGGAAUCGUAUUUCCAACUAAUUAAAAAUUACGUGUUGUACGGGUCAGUGAAUGAGCACGUGGCCGAUUUUUUUGUUAAAUGUGGAAGGGAAAGAGAGUUUUUGGACCAGUACGUAAGAGUAAAUCGCAAGGAUGGAGAAUCAGGGCUGUCAGAAGAAGAUUGUGAUGACGAUCCUGAUAAAGUAUACUUUGACGAAGUGGGACUUUGGUUGGACAGAAGAUACGUCCCCUCGGUGUUAAAAGACGCGGCAGUGAAGGUUUUUGAAGCUGGAGUGUACCUGAACGUGAUGAAUGUAACUAAGAGUCAGGAGCUGACGUUUAAGAACGUAGAAGAGUUGAUAGCGAGUUUGGAAAACAUACACACAUCGUUAUCUAAUCAACUUUUGGAACAUUUGAAUGAUAAAUCGAACAUUGGUGCGCUUUUUAAGAAGUUUUUUGACUUUUACCUCUGUCAAAGGUCGGAUUACGUGACAAGUGUUAUCGCAAUGAUGAAAGGAAACGAAGAAUUGGACUCAAUAAAUGAGUACUUAAACGAGAAGAAACGUAAAAAUCACAAGUGUGAUAAGGAGGGAAUUAUGAGCCUGAGGAAGGGAGAGAAUACUCCGAGCAGUGCAACGAGCUCAUGGAAGGAGUACCAUGACAUUAGCAGCAGCGGCAGCUGCAGUGUCACUAGUAGUGCUGUUGGCACUGGCAGAAACAGCAGUAACGCUGAAGACGAUGAAUAUCAUGUUGAGGACAAUGGCAGUGACGAAAACGGUUUCCUUUGGGUUACUCGUGACAAUUUGAAGAACUUGACGGACUCGUUACAGUUUUAUAAGUACUACGAGCAUGUUAAUCUAGGUUCUGAAGGCAAUUUUAACAGUGUGGAUCUGCAUUAUAGCAGUAGUAACAGUACUAUUGAUGCCGAUGGAACAAUCCGCAUGGGCCAAAGCAGCUCCAACAAUGUGACUGGUGGUGGUGGUGCUAGUGUCAAUAGGGAGGCACGUAAUGGCAAAUUUAGAUGUAACGUCAAUUGGCGCGCCUCGAGACUCAAUAAUUAUAACCUUGAAGACAGCAGUGAUCGCUUCGACUCCUUGGUGGCCAGUGAUACUGACCACAGGAGCCUCGUUCUCUGCUGUUGCAUGGACAGAGUCAGUAGACUCGUGUUCACGCGGAAGGUGGUGUACAAGUACAAGCUGAUGUUCAAGCUGCUCUUUCAGCUCAAGUACGCAGAGCACUCGCUUAACGAGCUGUCCUUGCACCACAUGAAGACGAGCAGAGUACCCGUGGAGCCUGAGCUGAUGGGCAGGCUGAACGUGCAGGUGUUCACAGUGACGAGGAUGAGCCACUUCGUGAAGAGUGUGCUGCGCCACUUCCUGGUGGACGUGGUCUCAGUGGAGACUGGCGCGUUCAUGUCGAACGUCUACGGCGACGUCCACGCGCUGUGCAAGGCCCACAAGGCGCUCGUGGACCUCCUCGUAGAGGCGUUGCUGCUUCGUGACGCUGAGUUGAUCUCGGCGCUGCAGAGGGUGCUCUUGCUGAUAGUCAAGUUUGCGACGGAGCUCCUGAAGUUCAUUGACGACCCCAGCUACGCAGUAUACCACCUGAAGCUGGACGCGGAUGGCGGCUUAGCUGCCUCGAGUUCGCACUCCGCUGUGCAUCUGGCCGCCUAUAACCUUAACUGCCUACUCAGGAACCCAGGGUACCAGAACAUGGUGGAGCUGUCCAGAACUGAGUUUGAGGGUGCCCUGAGUCACUUUAAGUCGUUACUCAGUAGAAGCGACCACUCACUAAGGAGUGCAUUUGAAUGA